GUAGGCUAGAGUGAGAGCCCAGUGUGGAUUUGUGAAUUCGUACACAAAAGUAUGUAUAAGACUGCGGCAUUGGUGCUGGUCCUUGGCCUGGCGGGGGUUCUCGAGGCUCUCAUACCCAGGAGCGAGGGCAGUUGGGGCGUCAACCUGAGUGCGCCGGAGAUGAUCCAGUCCUUCGGCUACCCUGUGGAGGUGCACCACGUGGCCACCAGGGACGGCUACAUCCUCGAACUGCACCGCAUCCCCUACGGUUUGUCCUUAGGGGGCUACAGAGACCGGCCUGUCGCCUUGCUUUACCACGGGUUGUAUGGGUCCUCAGCUGACUGGAUCUUGAACAAGGCCGACCAGGCUUUGGCUUACAUCAUGGCUGACGAGGGUUAUGACGUGUGGCUGGCCAACGCGCGAGGCAACAGGUAUUCGCGCGCUCAUCAGACUCUCGACCCGAGGGACAUCGACUUCUGGGAUUUUAGUUGGGACGAAAUCGCUGAGUUCGACCUUCCAGCUACAAUCGACUACGUGUUACCAACCACCGGAGCACGAGACCUGUUUUAUGUUGGCUUUAGCAUGGGAACCACUGUGUUCUUUGCUAUGUUGAGCGAACACCCUGAAUAUAACGAUAAGAUCCGCGCGAUGGCCGCCUUGGCUCCCGUGGCAUACCAGGGGAAUGCGCGCGGUCUUGUGUCCACAGUGGCCCCCUUCAUCAACCAGCUUGACAAGAAGCUCACCAGCAUGGGCGUGGGCGAGAUUUUCCCGAACAAUGAACUCACGCGUUCAUGGGCGAUGAAAUUAUGUGACAGGAACUCUCUGUUAGCGGUAUUUUGUCGCAAGAUCCUCGCCACCAUCGGCGGACCCAAUCCCGAUGAACUGAACAGAGACCUCUUGGCGACUAUCACUGCGCACACCCCAGCCGGCACCUCCGUUCACAGCGUCACUCACUUCGGUCAACUCAUUACCUCAGACGGAUUUUACAAAUUCGACCAUGGUCCGCAUGGCAACCUCCGCCGGUAUGGCCAGAGGCAACCGCCCUCGUAUGACCUUAGUCAGGUGCGGAUUCCGGUUGCCAUUUUCGCUGGCGAGAACGACUAUUUGGCUGACCCUCGGGACGUGGAGCUGACGGAGCGAGAACUCCCCAAUGUUGUCCAGACGACCACUCUUGCGUCAUUCAGCCAUAUGGAUUUUACUUGGGCUGUUCACGCCUACGACUACGUGUACAGACAUGUACUGGAUUUUUUUUGGAACUACAGGAACUAAAAAAGAAAAAUGUCUGACAAAUACACAAGUAAAAGAGAAAAAUUAGAUUUUCACAAGCAGAGAAACAGCAUGACACCGGAUUUGAUGUGGAGAUUCAUGUACCAGGAUUUACGAAGUUAUAAGUGCAGUAAUAAAGAUAGAUAAAGAUUGUGGAUACAUAGCGGUGAUGACUGCAGAUGCUGGCGAAUGAUACAAUGAUGCAGCGAUAUCUCGCAAUAAAUGUUGGAUAGUUUA